AUGAAGUACUCAUUCCUGGGCCAAAACAACCGGAAGGAAAUCUUUACCAUCUUAACCAACUAUAUAAACCUGUCACAGUAUGAGCUCGCUCGAUCACUACUCCACCAUUUGGUGGUUAAAAGUUUGUUCAGGGCGGAUGAAUUCAGCAGGGGAAGAAGGAGAAGAAAGAAAAGGAGGAAGAGGACAAAAACAGACAUGUCGAAACAGGAGAAGAUGUACUAUUUGAGGAAGACGCUCAAAUUCAUGAGAAGGUUUUUAUCUUAUGGCUCCUGCCCUCUACAGAUUUUCUCAAACGAGCCAUCCAGUGCGCACUUUCUACUGAAGGUUGCACGUGACUACAACCGAUUUGUUUACUUGAUACUUCGAAACCUACGCAAGUGCGGAGCGAGGAAAUCACAACUCCCAGAUAAGUUAUGGAGAAAUUUCCGGAGAUUGCCUCGCCAUCUGCGUUGUCUCUUGAGGGAGAAAAACGUACCUAAGGAGAUGCAGAGGAAAUUUUCCUUCGACGCUCUUCUGGCAACCAUAGUGAUGAACAGGGAAUACUAUCUCUGCGCAUUUGAGGACCAGUCGUUUUUUACCUUUUCACUGGAUACAGUUCAGUGUCUAAGGCGGAUCUAUUAUCUGUACGUGAAGGCGAGGGGAUUUUUCUUCAGGAAACGCACACGGAAACGGGACCUAUUGGGGAGCAAUCCCCCCAAAUCAUCAACCGGGCGGAAGACCAAACUGAAGAACCGCCAGUGGCGCUUUCUGAACUUAUUUAACCGCAUUGUUCCGUUCACCGUGCCAAGCAGGGAACCUCCCCUCGGAAGGAGUACCACCCCCAUGGGUAAAUCCCCCAUGGGUAAAUCCCUCAACAGAAGAGCAAAACAGUCUUUUCGUCCAAAAAUAAAAAAAACAGAUCAGCUGCACAAGAUAGACCAGCUCCUUCUUCACAGCUACAGAGUGGUAUAUGGUGAGAAGGAUGAUCAAGUCACAGACAGUUUCCAUGUAAUUUCCUCUAAUCAUGAAAGUAACAAAGCAGAAAAGAAAAACAAAGCGGAAGGAAUACCAUCCAUCCAUAUAAUAUAUAUCCCCUCACUUUAUAUCAUUAAUAAGGUACCCAUUUAUAAUUACAUAAACACCUUUGAAGAGGAGAUAUGUUAUUUUUACCAACGCAACGUUAUAAAUUCACUUUAUCGGGAUUUGUUCUGUUUGAUGUUUUUCCUCCCUGCCUUAGGCGUACAGCUACUUAACACCCUUUGCCUAAACCAUUCCUUUUUUAAUUUCCUCCUGAGUCUUCUUUUUUCCUCCGGUUGUAAUCAAUCCGGGGUUAGUAAUUAUCUGAACCAUGGAUCAAACCAUGCUUCAAAUUUGGAGAUAUCUUGCCAAGAAGAAGUUCCCACGCAGAUGGGGGAAAGCUUCACGAAAGGGAAGAACCCCCCCAAAGAGGAUUCAAACCUCGAAACAGGGAUGGAAGCAGAGACAGAGGCGCAAACCGACGCAGAGACGAUACCCAUCCGAUUGAGAGAAAAAAAAAAAUUCAUGAAAUAUUGCUACUCCAUAUUUGCACAGCUGUACUACGGUGUGGUGGAUAUCUACAUCGAUGUCCUGGUGGAAAAGUUAAAAAGAAAAGACUUGGUGAAUUACCAAAAUUUCUUGUACCUUCUCAAGUUUAACCACAUUUUUGUGAAUAACGUUUUUUUUUUUUCCAUGUGUUUUGGAAAUGUGGGGUGUUCAACAGAUGGACAAUUCGACAAGGAACAUAAACAUCUGAGAAGCGAUCCCCCGAAGAAUCUUCACCUUGCUCAAAAGGCUCUACACAAGUUUUACGAUUUUCUGAUCCUGCUCGUCUUCCACUACAACGGUGAGGAACACGCAGUCAACCAUUUUGGACACUGUCCUCAGUACCCACUGGACAAGGAAAAUAAUAAGAAGAAUGGAAACGGAGAAGAGGUGACCUUCUACAAAGUUCUUCUCAGGGGAGUCAUCCUCCACCUACCCAUUAAUUACUCACACAUACGAGCAAUUUUUUUUUUUUACGUAAAUAAAAUGAAAGAGAAGAGGGGGCAAAAAAAAAAUAUUCCAAAGGCUAAUCACAAGAAGAGCGUUAUUUAUGAUGUACUCAUGUCUACUAAUACGUUUCUCUGUUCUGAUGAAGGCCUAGUUGUUAAUAUCCUUCUUCACCUGUUCAACUAUGGAGACGAUUUGUACUGUCGCUAUGUGCAGACGUGCGUAUUGUAUUCUCAUGUACACAGGGGGAGAAAAGAGGAUCUCCUUUUUUUGCUGAACAGUUCACGGAUAAGGGGCGUACACUUUCUCAGCUACCUGUUCGACCUAUGCAAAGCGUACAUGGCUAGCGAGGAGUUCCUCCAUCUAGAUAGACUACUUGAAAAUUUUAAGGGACUCAAAAACUUGUGUCUGCUCUUCUGCCUGGAAAAUGCGAUAGAUGUGCACGUGAAACGAAAGUGCCUCUCACAGAUGAAGCCCAGCGGGACCAAUGUAUACCUCUACAAUUACAUAAAAGACAUGAAGGUGAGGGUGAGGAUCUCCUCUCAUCAUUACCAGUUGCACAAGCAGUACAGGAGAGUAAACAAAGAAUUGAAUGAAGGAAGAUUAACGGAAAAUGAUAUUUUUCUCGCACUGAAGGAGUUAUCCAGUGCCGCUUUACUCAAGCGACUCAACUUGAUACAAUAUGUUGGAUACUCCUUUCUUGCGAAAAUGGCAGAGAUGGCUCGGUGCAAUAUUAAGAAUCACCUGUACAGACGGGAGACCAGAAUGAAUACAAACUUUCUCCUUUUUUACGCGUCCAUGAGGAGCGUCUUCCUCUCCCUGCAGGGGCGAAGCAACGUGGAGCAGAUUAGGAACUACUACAAACUAAUAACCUACCGGGAGUGCCGAGUAAAAGCCCUCCUAUACAUAACGGUUCUUCUCUUCCAGUGCAUACACAGCAGACAAGAAGGGGUGAAGCCAAAACUGCUCAUGUGGACAAUACACUUUCUAUUACGUAAGUUGAGAACCAUCAAGGAAGAUAAGUCUCUCUUUUUAUCAAACUUGAAAUGCUUGUUAAUGCAAAUUGUAUGCCAUGUCUACGUUCGUCUGUUUGUCUUCAUUCAAAAGUGUAGAAGCAUAUACGCACACUCAAGAAAUGGAAAAAACGGUUUCAGACGGGUUCUAAGUGAUUCCUACGGGUUCUGCAUCUACGGCAGGGGAAAUAAAAAAGAAAAAAAGAAACGUCUAUACCAUAUUAUGAAGAAUUCAAAUGAGGAGGAUACCCCGAAGGAAGUACUACAAGUGGGAAGUAGUAAUGACUCAGGUAUGGGGGAAAACAAACUGGGUUCAGUGGAGGAACUCGUAUCUGCCACCCCGCAUAGAAUGAGUUUGCGUCGACGGGUAAAAUCUACCCUGUCACAGGAAGGAGAAACCACAGAACGUAUUCUGAUUAAUGCUCUAAUAGGAAGAGUAAAAAGAAUUUCAUCCCUUGAGGUGCACAACAAAGGGAAAUCUAAAUGGAGUGGGACACGGAGAAGGGGAAAAUCCAUCUUCAAUUUUGUAGUUAUGGUGGAUAGGUAUCUGAGUAGGAUGGAACGUUGUAGAAGGCAGACUGCGAAAGGUUCGUCCAUUAAGCAUGCAGUACCCCUGGGUGAUCUUCAUAGGGAGAAUGGACCCUUCAAGAUAUCGUACUUAAAUACAAGUGAUCUCAACAGAAUUGACUUUGAGAGCCCAGAAUUCGAGAGGUACUUCAUGGAACUCAUAUGCAGCGAUCCGCAGGAGUACCUUUACAGGAACAUUGCAGACGGAAGGAAAAAUCAUCUGAACAUGUUCAUAUUUUUUAUAUACAAAAAGGACAUCUCCAAAAAAAGCUCGCUGCAGAAUUUGUUGCACUACCUGGAAAUGAACAAACUCUUUAAGAAUCUGUACAUGGAUAAGCAUAUUUUAUCAUUGGGGAGGAGGGGAGGGACCACACUUCAUCGGAAGACACUUACCCCCUUCUUCGAAAUGAUGCUCUUCUACUGUGAUAAGUACAGGUGGAAUGAGGUGAAUAGGUACCUCCUACCGAACAGAUACGGUAUCGACUUGUUCUCUCUUUAUAACUUUUUGGAUAUGUGUGUGUGUUGCUCGAAUACGGUGGAGAGUGGGGUGUCCCUGUUGCGCUUCGUGAGGAGAUACAUACGCAAGGGAGGCGCGCUAACCGAUGGGACACCUCGCGAAGUGAAUGGGAAAACAAAUGCAGAUAGUUUGCCAUCUCCUUCCGUGAAUCGUCUGGCCCACUUCCUCCUCUCCUUCAUCGAUCGGUUACACGUCCUGAUAAGUAUAAAGAGCAGGCCCUCUGUAGAGGAUAGAAAUAGGAAAAAGGAAAAUCGAUCAAAUCAGAAAGGUAAAGGAACAACCCCCUGGAGGAAGGGAAGACAGAUGACGAAACCAGUCUUGCUAAACAAGUAUCUGUUAUUGAAGUGCAACUCUCUAAAGGUGCAGUCGAAGCUGAUCGAAAAAUAUUUUGUGGAUUUGUACAAGAGAAAACACUUCCUGAAGGAUAUGUUCCUUAAAUUUAACAACUUAAAAAAAAAAAAAAAAAAAUACAUAAACGUGAAGUAUGAAGAGAUGACUAAAUGUCUGGAUAAGUACUGCCACCUGUUGCUAGAAAAUGAUGAAGGAGUUACCAUCAAUUAUUUGUUUUUUUUUUUUCUUUACGCGAAGAUUCUUAUUAUGCAUGUCCAUAGCUCAAUGACGGAGAAACCACAGGAACGAACCUUUUAUCAGUUCGCUUCACAGUCUAAGGAAGAUUUCUCCAACUACCCAAUCUUGUAUGAGAAGGGGGAGGUGAACUACAACCUAUUUUUCAUUCUUACAGUAGAUGUAGAGAGACUGAUAAAAUUCGCUCUGUUCUUUUGUAACUCCUUUACCAAUGCCAGGAGGAUGUGUUCUCUCUUUUUCAUUCACCACCAGAGGGUACUCGUCCAAAAUAUUGCCACUCAGUGUUGUGUAAAAAAUUCCUUUCCUUCGUUUCCUUUCGAUUGGGGGGAUGACAUACAGAAGAAAAUCUUCACGCUGUCUUUUCUCUGUACAGAUGCGUUAAAUACAAAUGUAAUGCGUGGGAAAUUCUCAUUAGGGUGUAACUACCUUGGGGAGAAGGCUACCGAACAACCUGAGGACAAGCACCUCACGGGGGAGUUCCUCAAUCUCCUUGAGGAUGCUGUUGGGGCACUGGAGGAGGUGAAGCGAAGAAUCACUCCCCCCGAUGGAAAACGAAGAAAGAAAAAAACGUGCAAAUUGAAGCUACUCCUUUUGAAGUACAUACAGAAUGCGAUUGACACGCAAGAUGGGGAAUCUCCAAAUGGUAAGACCAAACCAUCUGCACCAGGAGGUAACCCUGCUGAGGUUUCCGGUGAAGGUUCUGGUAAGAGUUCCGCUGAGGUUUCCGGUGAAGGUUCUGGUAAGGGUUCCGCUGAGGUCUCCCCUGAGAAACGCUUCUACACCUCGGAGAAAUGCACUGAUGACAACCCGAGCGUGAAGGACAAAGAUGAGUUAAUAAAUCUGUUCAUAUGUUUGGAAAAGUGCGACCACUACUUCCCAUUUAUUUUUAACACCCUCUAUGGAUAUGCCUUCUCAAUGAAGUACAAUUUUCUGAAUAGGCUCAUCGUGGAGAGGUACAUAAGCAUUAAAAAGAUUUUCUGGAUUUGUCAUAAGGAGAGGAAUUCCUCGGUGGACAACGCCAUACAAGUGGUUAACCAUUUUAACCGUUUCAGCGACAUUAACAGCGUUGGUCGCGAAGUGGGCGUGUACUACAUCAAGUGGAACGACUUGGACCACCUGAACAACUUCACGAGGUGCCUCGUCUAUGCAUCCAUCUUCGAUAGUCAACACAAUAUGGAUUGUCUGCAUCUGUAUCAGUUGAUGAAAACAUACAAGGGGGAGGAAAAAGUGGAUCUCAACAAGAAGAAGCUAAACACGUUUUACGCACCUCUUUUGAAAAAACUAAAAAGUAACUCCAACGAGGAAGUAUUUAAUAAUCUAUUUAAAUUAGAAGGGAUAACAUUUAGUGCACCUGGGAGUUUUGUUAAAAAGGAUGAACUCUUGGCAUACCUCCUCAGAGAAACAACCCCUCUGGAGAGUCUUCUCGAUAUCCUUGUGAAUUCAUUUACGCAAGACAAUCACAUACUUAGUAGAAUAACUUUGCAAGAGGUGAUCCUCAUCGUCAAUACUAGUUAUCGUAGAUGCCAAGAAUUUCGAAGAGAAGACCAGACAACAUUAUUGGAUAUCCUCCUAAGGUGUGAUGAGGUAGACAGCUACACUUUUGGGAGAUUGAGAAACAGCCUGCGUGAGAAUGUCACCAAGGUGGGUGUAUAUAUGAAGAUGCUCCAGAUUGUUAGUAAGGUACAACGGGUAUUUAAUGAGGAGGUAAGACUCCACACUGGCUGGUUUCUCCAAAAGGGAGAUCCCCCUGAGCCUAUCCACAACAUUAGAACGCAAAGGGGGCACUGGUCAAAGAUUCUGAAGGUAAUUAUGACCGAACCAAUGGGGGAGAAAGAAACGCUGCAAUUCAUCACGCAAAAUAGGUUAUUCAAACAUGCCUCCUUCCUCCUGAACUACAAGUUGGGUCCAGUCACGAGCGCCUCCAAAAGGGAAGUUAUACUCAAACUGGAGAGGAAGUGCAAGGUAGCCUACAUCUUACACCUCUGGUGGAGCAACAAGCCAAGAAAAAAAAAAAAAAUUAUUUACUUCUUGAAGAAUCUAAAGGGAGAAAAGGAAAUCAAAACAUUACUAAGCAGUAUACUCUAUGAUCCGGACAACCAUGACAUGCAAAACUUUUUUUCCUUCGUACUCCCCCAUUUUGAGAAAACCUUCGUGAAGAAGUUCUACCUCUUGGCACUGGUUUCGCACUCCUUACAGUUGUCAUCAAUCCGUGAGCUCAAACUUAGCGAACUCAUUCCUUUCCUUCUUUUAAGAGACAAGUUAGACCUAGUAAGAUUCAUCCUGAGGAAUGGCCUAUACAGACCUAGGUUGUCCACUCUCUUUCGUUACGCCUUUUUGUGCAUUCAUCUUGAUUUUUACAAGCGUGUUUCGUCCAAGGGGAAACUUUGCAAAGAGCAUACAACGAGGAGAAAGCACUAUCGAGGAGAGACUCACCCAGAGAAAGCCCUUCCAUAUAGUUUGUCUAAAUGUCUAUCCAUUUUGGAGCUAACUAAGUUGGUCCGUGGUGAAGACAAUAUGCAGCUCGUGUAUGAUAUGUUUUUGCGCGUGACGCAGGAGCUCUUCGACCGCGUGUGCAAUAGAAUGUGCAAUCGAAUGUGCAACAGAAUGACCAACCGAAUGUGCAAUCGCAUGUGUGAUCGGAUGUGUGAUCGGAUGUGUGACGACUUGCCUGGGGAGGGGUCCCUCGGCGGAGGAGUAAAACUCAAGAAGAUCCUCCACCAAAAGAAUAUUCCCGCUUGCGGGAAGGGGACCAAGGAACCUCCUCCACAUGGGAAGGUGAAAAAGAAGUUCAGCCUUUUCGGUAAUUUUUUUCACAAGCACCUAAAUUCAAACCGUCUUAAUGGAAAAAGGAAAAACGAAAAUAACGCAUACAUCAGGCAUUACCAUAUGGUUAAAGGGGGGGAAUUACAAGAAGAAAGAUGCCAAGAGAAUAGUGAAGGAAAAACACAAAUUAGCAUAAGCAUCCUCCUGUACACCUUCUAUAAAGUAUGCUCCUUCUUUUACAUAAACUACAAGGAACUGAGAAGAGAAUGUAACCUUCUAUGUAUGUUAUUUUCCAUGCUGAUAUAUGUACAAACGUUCCUCCUUUUCCGUGUUCAUCUGAAGUCGGUAAUAAAGCUUGACAUAAAGGAACUUAUUGAUUUGCUAAAGGUGAAGAACUUCAACUUGUGUAACCAACUGAUCCAUAGAAUCUGUUCUUGCUACAUCUACCAUGUGAAUUCUUUCAGCGUCUUAGGAGAACCCACUUUGUUCUUCCCUUUGGCUAGCUCAAAAAGAAGAUUCAACAAAUACAAAAUGGUGAAAAAUAUCGUGUCUCUGGUUAGAUGUAACGAAGGAGGCAUUCCAAAUGAAGUGAUACCCUUGAAGAGGGUGAACAACUUUUACGUGUAUAGGUACGCCGACCAGACAUGUGUGUAUAGACAGUUCAUCGAUGCUACACGAGUUGUGGUGAAUCAGUUGUGUGAAGAGCAGAUAAAAGUAUUAUAUCAGACAGAUCCUGUGAAACGUAGUAAAUUCAAAUGGAAUGGAGCAAACUUGAUGAAUGAAGAAGAUAUAUCGCGGAAGGUGCAGAGUCUCCACUUCAGAGUGGUAGCGUUUUAUGUGGCACUUCUCUCCAAGUGUAACAUGGAUCUGUACUUGUCUCUGAAUUUAUUUUUUUCCUUCUACUGCACAUACCACUGCUCUAGUAAUCUUUACAAGAAAUACAAAAAUUUGAUUUCCUACUUUUCCAAUGUUAAUGUACAUAAGGGCGUGCAAGUCGUAAGAAGAAUGAAUAAUCACUUGGGGGUAAAUGAAUGGUCUCCUUAUAAACCUCUGAGAAGGAAUAGCAAUAUCAGCAAACUUCUCCAGAUAUAUUCACCAGGGGGGAUAUACAGAAUGGUCCUUCAACUGAACUCUGGAGGGAGGAUUCAGCCGUGGAAGGAGUGUACCUAUUUGGGAUACGUUCGGCUCGAACACAAAAAAAAAGGAGAUUCAUUCUGGAAGAGAGUAGAUCCCUCUCUCAGUUACAUUCCUUUAAGGAGCGAUGAUGUGGCUUUAUACUACGAUGGAUUUGUCCCACAGGAGAGUGGUAAUCUUCUUCCUCCUUGCAGACUAAAUCGAAUGAAUAUCUCAUGGGGUGAUAACUUCAACAUAUCCGCACAGAGUAUUUACUCUCCAUCUGCUUCCAUAUAUGUCAGAAGGCACCUCCUCACGAGCGUAGCUUUCGCCUACCUAUACAGCUACAGCAAUGGUGUGUAUUUUAGAGGGGAUUGCCGAGAAAUUCCAUCCGUAAGAGCCCUCACACAGAAGGAACUCCUCCUAUACAUCAUUGAGCAUCUAAAUAACCCAUACAUUCUUAUUAACAAAGGAAUGCAUCAUGUGGAGGAAUAUCCAGUACAUUCUAUAGGUUACGCACAGACAACAGGAGAAAACAACAAAAUAGGAAGAACCAAUUGGGAGUAUAAGAAAGGAAAGAAGAUUACCACUAAGGGGAAAAGCAUGAUGAGAAAUGUUGACGAAUCACGAGUGGAAAAACAAAAGAACUUCACCCUUACAAGUUAUUUAAAACAAAAGAGAAUGCAUCUAAAUAUGAAUCGGUUUUCCGAAAAAAUGGAACUUUUCCAGGAUUACAUAAAAAUGAUACACAACGAUUCUCUGGAAAGACAUGUGUUGAAUUUCUUCUCAUCCAUUCAGUUGGCUAACCACUAUGAACGUUUCUUCUAUGAUAUGGAUGCAACCUGUUCAUUUCCUCUCUGCUAUGCAUACCCAAGUAGCAACUUAUCUGUGUCUGUUCAGUACUUUAGAAAGGGAUUCUACGAGAUAUAUUCGAAUACGUCUCUCUCUAAAGUUGAUGGACGAGUGGAUAGCCGCAUCUAUGCGAGGAAUACAAGGAACCUGCUCUUCAUCACAUCCUUGUUGUUGCCUUAUGGUUCUCGGUGUCCGCGUUUGCCAAGCUACAACCACGCCAAGUGUGAUAUCUCCCGUCUGGCCACCCUGAGGAACUACUUCUCGCCAGACACCCUGCUCAGCGUCUGCACCAAAAGCGAUCUGACCAAGAACUGCUUCAGAAUCAUUUGCAAGAAGGGUGUGACAAGUGCACAGUUCAGUCGCAUCAUCAAGAGGGCAUGCAGACACAACUACAUUUACAAGAUCUUCCAGAGCGUGUCUCGUCUCGAAGAUCCUCGCUUCCAGCGCGAAAUAAAGCUCCACUUGCUACAGUGCAGGAUGUACGCCCUACUGUACAACUACCUGGUUUUCUCAGGGGAUUACCUGAACGCGGUCAUACUCUGCAUACACAACUAUUCCAUAGCGCAAAACACGGACACACAAAAUGGCUACUUGAACAACGCCCUCGUGAACCUCACCCUGAUCACUAACACGUUUAAAGGCAACUCCAAGAUGGAAUCUACCUCUACACGGAAAAUACUCCACGAACCUUUUAUCACAUCUAACCACAGCCGCUCUCGCAAGAGGAGAACCAAAUUUUAUGGGCCUAGCAAUUUUAAUAUCCUUUUUGGAGAAACGCACAAUGGGAAGUGUCAUCUGGUCUCCAUCGACACGAUACACAGAUGCAGGGAUCUCAUAACGCUACAACAGACACUCCUAAAUGCACAGAUAGGUUACCCAGUCAAUAUCAUUAACUGCAAACGAGUGGAUAUCUCCCUGUGCAUACAAAUUUUAGUUUAUAAAAAAAAGUACGACCUUGCAGACAAGAUCAUUAAUGUUUAUCAUUGGAAGUACACCUUCACCUACUGCUUGGCUUGUCUUUUCUGCAUAUUGCUGGAAAGGAAAUUCUAUUUCCUGGAGGAUAUUUUGCAUUACGUUAAAGUAAAGAUACAAAACGAAGAUAUGAAUAUGUUCCUUCUCCACAUCGUGUACUUGUUUUUGGAGUACCGCAUCAAGUGGAGGCAUGUCUACGAGCGUGUGAAGCGCGUGUACGGUGGCUGUCGCGGGGGGGCAUUGUAUAGGGUCGACCAUCCAGAAGAUCAAUCGAACGACCAUCCAGAAGAUCAACCGAACGACCAUACAGAAGAUCAACCGAACGACCAUACAGAAGAUCAACCUGACGAACUGCAUGCGGAUGAAUGUGGCUUCCUCCACGACGUGUUACUUCAAAUCACCGACAACGACUGUCUCUUCUACGCGCACACUCUCCUCUUCAUACACGACAAGGAAGUCUACGCAGGCAUCCUCAAAAAUAUGAAGCUUCUCCUUUUCAGUAACAUAUGCAAAAGUGAUAUAUACAGAACAAUUAUCGGAGCGUAUAAAUUUGUUCAUCAGGAUCGAAGGAUAAACUUUAACUUCAUUCAUGCGAAUAGGAGUUCCUUUAAGAAAUCUUCCAUCCGCCUGAUGAGCUUAACGCCCCAUACCCGCAUUGAAGACGACGUCAACGCAGACGAAGACUACAACCUUGCGCAACUGAUGUCGCUGGGGAUGAAGUACCCGGACAACGUAAAGGAAAAUAUCAUGCGCGAAAUUAUGGCCAUCCAUCGUGUACCAACGUAG